AUGAUUUCAACAUUGAUCACCCACAUUAUUAACCCCUUAGCCUUUAUCGUACCCGUCCUCCUGGCUGUUGCCUUCUUAACCCUACUUGAACGAAAAGUACUUGGUUACAUACAAUUACGAAAAGGCCCUAAUAUUGUAGGGCCUUAUGGGCUGCUGCAGCCAAUCGCCGAUGGUGUUAAACUCUUUAUUAAAGAACCUGUCCGACCUUCUACUGCUUCCCCUGUUCUUUUUCUUCUUGCCCCUAUUCUCGCCCUCACACUAGCCCUCACCCUUUGAGCCCCUAUGCCUAUGCCCUACCCUGUAUUUGACCUUAACCUAGGAAUCUUAUUCCUAUUAGCCCUAUCAAGCAUGGCCGUAUAUUCCAUUUUAGGCUCAGGCUGAGCAUCCAACUCUAAAUAUGCCCUCAUUGGAGCCCUGCGAGCCGUCGCCCAGACAAUUUCUUAUGAGGUUAGUCUUGGCCUAAUUCUUUUAAAUGUAAUUAUUUUCACUGGGGGCUUUACCCUACAAACCUUUAACGUAGCCCAAGAAAGCGUCUGAUUAAUCCUCCCAGCCUGGCCACUCGCCGCCAUAUGAUAUAUCUCGACCCUCGCAGAAACAAACCGUGCCCCCUUCGAUCUCACCGAAGGUGAGUCAGAACUGGUCUCAGGGUUUAAUGUCGAAUACGCCGGAGGACCCUUUGCGUUAUUUUUCUUGGCAGAGUAUGCAAACAUUCUACUUAUAAACACACUUUCUGCGACCCUGUUCUUAGGGGCUUCUCACAUUCCUUCUCUUCCUGAACUUACCGCUGUGAAUCUAAUGACUAAAGCAGCCCUCCUCUCAGUUGUAUUUCUCUGGGUUCGAGCCUCCUACCCUCGAUUUCGGUAUGAUCAACUAAUACACCUUAUUUGAAAAAAUUUCCUUCCCUUAACACUGGCCCUGGUUAUCUGACACCUAGCACUUCCCAUUGCAUUUGCUGGCCUCCCCCCUCAGCUAUAA